AUGGUUCUCAAGACGGACUUUGAUACAGCCAGAGAAACCGUGUUAUCUGGUGUUUUGAUUAUAUAUUAUGAUUUUGUUUCUGGAAGAUCUGAUAAGGAAAGGCUUUGUGUAAUACAAGGUAGUAAGAAUGGGAAAAAAGGUCGGAGUCGAUCCCAAAACAUGUUUCUAAAGAACUCAAAGCAGAAAUAUGCGGAUGGAGUUUACUUCGGCUUCAGUAGUAGUUGGAUGUUACCUUGUUGGACUUAUUCAUACAUAAGCAAUCUAUGCCGUAGUGGAAAGACAGAACUCUGUCGUUUCAGCGGGGCCAAGAUAUAUCCUGGGAGGGGCAUCAGAUUUGUUCGUGCAGAUUCGCAGGUGUUUUUAUUUGCCAACUCAAAAUGCAAGAGGUACUUUCACAACCGACUGAAGCCUUCAAAGCUUACUUGGACGGCCAUGUACAGGAAGCAGCAUAAGAAGUUCGCGCGAUUUGAGAGGGGCCAUUUAAUCCAGUCAUCUCCUUUUACAUACGAGCUAUCACUAGGGUUUCAGCAAACAACAGCGGCAGCCAUGGUUCUCAAGACAGAACUCUGUCGUUUCAGCGGGGCCAAGAUAUAUCCUGGGAGGGGCAUCAGAUUUGUUCGUGCAGAUUCGCAGUUUCCCACAAAGUACCCAUAUGAUAUUCUGCAAGAAGAAGAAGAAGAAAUUGCAAGCAAAACUGGAAAAUCAAGCCCCUACAACUGCAAGGGAGUGUUGCUCUUCUUCCUCUUCUCUUCAGUUAUUGCCCAGUAG